AUGGAAAUGUCGAAAUGUUUAUGUCUUAUGAUUAUUGCUGUGAUUGUCAUUGCAAGUAAUGCAUCAGUAUUUAGAGAAAGACGCAGUGGUAAUGGAUAUGGUGGACGACCGUAUCAAUAUGUUCCAGUAGAUAAUACUUAUAGUAAUAAACAAACUAGCAUCACCAAAACAUCAAAUAAUUGUAAUAGUGCCGGAAGUGUCUGUUGUAAUAAUCAAGCUGAAUCAAGAACUAGUGGUCGCGGAAAAAGACAUACUGGUGGAUCCAAUCAAGGUUUUUACGUCUACCAUCCCAGUGAUAGUAAUAAACAAUAUGCAUGCAGUCAAGUUGCAAAUAAUGGUACUUCUGGUGAUCAAACUACAGGAUGUAGUACAAGUCAAAGUUGUUGUCAAGGAAAUCAAAGUGGUAAUGGCACCUUGAUUAGUGUUUCAUGUUCUUCUCUUGGUACCCGUUAA